AUGCUGGAGGUGCUACCAGCGUCAGUAGACCUGAAACAGAACCACCAGCAUAAUAACCACCAGCUUAAGAAUCCUUUUCGGCAGCAAGGGAGGGCACACGACCAACCGAAAUUGCAAGAAGUAGACUUCGUGGAAUUCGCCACAUGUUCCCUGGGCGACACCGCUGCGGCCAGGCGUGAAGAAAUCCAGCGACAGCAGCAGCAGCAAAUGAUGAUUCUAGACCAGCAGCAGCACACGCUUCGGGAAGCAAUUCGCAAGGGGUUACUUUCGUGGAGUGAAAUCGCCAACUGGAACCUGACUUUUAUAGAGGUUCAGCGGCUCUUCCUGCGAAUCGUUCAGCUAAAGAUGCCUCCAGCAAUCGCUGCCUUGCUAACACUGGAGAAACAAGUUGAGGAGUUCCUGCGACUCUUGUCAACCGCUGCACUUCCAUCAUUGGGGAGCACUCAGCCUCUGCCGAACGCGUCUUUGCUGCAGGCAGACACUCAGGAGCAGGCGCAAAUAUGCCAGCAGCCCUACUUGUCAGGCAACGACUCGCCAGCAGCACGCAGUGAUGCCACCUUCUCAGCUGCUCUAACAGGAGAUGGGGAAAGAUCGAGGUGCUUCUGGCACGGAUUCUGUGGCACUACUAUUAAGGGGAGGCCGAUCUACGAUAUGCCUCUAAAGAUAGAUGACUCAGUAUCGUUGGAAGUACAAGACUCUGAAGACGCUGCCGGGAGUGACACUAGCGAUUCGUCGAAUUAG